CAGCUCCUGUGCUGUGAAGUUGUUGAGAAGACUGACACAGUGGUCUAUCGUUGAAAGGUAAACAACAGCGCACCUUCCUGUAACUGGUAGAUAGGUAUUCAGGUGUGGUCGUUUUUCUAAGGUAAGCAAUUUUAUAAGUUAUUACUAUCUGGCAGUUCAUGAUUACUGGUCUUUCUUUUUUCACUGCCUUGGGUUUUCUGAUCUAAGGAGGAAGGCAAGAUCAUGAAUACUACUCAAUGCUUCUUUAAUAAAGUCAUGAACAACAAUGCAUGGAUUUUUUAUUUUAUCUUUUUGUUAGCCAAUUGCAUUGACUAGGUUGUCUACAAAACAUGUACCGCAGAAGUAUAAAUCUAAAAAGUGUUACGUUAGUACUUAGUGAUAUGCAUUAAGUUCAGGGUUUGAUCUAGCUACCGCACUACAUCCAAAUAUGCAGUAUGCACUUACAUUUCUUGUUUGUUCAAGCUUUUCAUCAUGCUAAAAUAUUUUCCUAUUGAGUCAAAAGGGAGGCAACAAAAGCUGAGAGAAGUCGGCAGAGUUGCCACCAUAUGUUUCUGUUGUUUCUCGGCACGAUGCAUAAUGGUAAGGGUUUCUGUCCACUGGAAGUUGUCGCCGUCGGGCCCGAGCUCCGCGUGUUUGAUCUCAGGGCUGGUCAUCCAGUUUCAUUGUCAGAUGAUUGUGGUGGCCAUUCUCAUUCAGACGCAAUAAGAGCUAUCUGCUUCAGUGUGAGUGGAGCUUUGUUUGCUUCAGCUGGUGAUGAAAAACUUGUGAAGGUUUGGAAGACUGAUUCGUGGCGUUGCAUCCAGACUAUAACUUCGGAGAAGAGGGUCAGUGUGGUUGUUAUUAGCAACAAUGACCUGCACUGGAAUUAACAAGCUGGAUUACCUUGCAACGAUGGAUUUGGACCCCGACUCUCCUACAUACUCCCAGGUGAUCCACAGGCUCCCAGUCACCCACAUCGGCGAUGAGCUGCAUCACUCUGGCUGGAACUCGUGUAGCUCCUGCCAUGGUGAUCCAUCAGCAAAGCGUCGCUUCCUGAUCCUUCCU